AUGACAGAUAAAAUCGUUCUAUAUACUGCCUUGAUUUGCCCUUAUGCACAACGCGCUGCUAUUGCUUUACGUGAAGCUGGCGUCGAGUAUGAAUCAGUCGAAAUUGAUCUCACCAACAAGCCCUCAUGGUACAAGGAUGUCAACCCUGAGUUGAAGGUGCCAGCACUGUCUAUCAAGGGAAAGAGCAUUGCCGAAUCGCUUGUGCUCGUGGAGCUGGCCAACGACCUUCAUCCUGAAAAAGGCUUACUGCCCGAAGAUCCUGUCAAACGCGCUGAAGUCCGCUUCGUCAUUGAGUACUUUUCCUCAAAGAUCACGCCGCUCUUUUAUUUCGUACUUCGCAAUAUGAAUGAAGAAGGCAAGAAGGAGUAUGUUGAAAAGAUCACCAUUGCCUACAAGCGUUUGAAUGAGCUUUUGCUUGAACAAGCAACUUCAGGUCCUUACUUUUUGGGAGAUCAAUACUCGCUCGCUGAUAUUGCCAUUGCUCCUUUCCUAACCCGUGUCCUCGCUAUCCAAAAGGCCUACUUGAAAGACGUCAAAUUUGACGUUAUUGAUCAAUCCCCUCGUCUACAGCAAUUCUUUGAAGGUCUCUUGACCCGUUCCUCUCAUGCCGAUACCUACUGUGGUGACAACUAUUUGAUCGAUGGUUUUGUGAAUCGAUGGGGUGUUUAUGAUCCUCGCGUGUAA